AUGGAGAACUCAUCAAUCCGAUACAUCUUCUUUGUUAUGUUCUCAAUUUUUUUCACCAUUGUUUCGAUUUCGAGUGCUGCUUCAAGCCAUGGAGAAGUUGAGGACGAACACGAGUUUAACUACAAGAAGAACGAUGAGAAGGGGCCAGAGAGAUGGGGCAAACUUAAAUCGGAAUGGGAAAUGUGUGGAAAAGGAGACAUUCAAUCUCCAAUUGAUCUAAUGAACGAGAGAGUUAACACUGUUUCUCAUCUUGGAAGGCUUAAUAGAGACUAUAGACCUUCCAAUGCCACUCUCAAGAAUAGAGGUCAUGACAUUAUGCUAAAAUUUGAAGAUGGAGCAGGAAGUAUUAAGAUGAAUGGUUUUCAAUAUGAACUCCAACAGCUUCACUGGCAUUCUCCCUCUGAGCAUACAAUCAACGGAAGAAGGUUUGCACUUGAGCUGCAUAUGGUGCACGAAGGCAAGAAGGGGAGAAUGGCUGUUGUGACUGUUUUGUACAAGAUCGGAAGAGCAGAUACUUUUAUCAGAUCGUUGGAGAAGGAACUAGAGGCCAUUACCAAUAUGGAGGAGGCAGAGAAAAAUGUAGGGAUGAUUGAUCCCAAACAAAUUAAGAUCGGAAGCAGAAAAUAUUACCGAUAUAUUGGUUCACUUACCACUCCUCCUUGUACCCAGAACGUUACUUGGAGCGUCGUUAGAAAGGUUAGGACCGUGACGAGAAAACAAGUGAGGCUUCUCCGCGUGGCUGUACACGAUGGUGCAAAUUCGAAUGCGAGGCCGGUUCAACCAAUCAACAAGCGCGUGGUUCACUUAUACAGACCAAUGGUUUAA